AAGCGUCAAUGUAUAUAACUAUAUCAAUAAAAUCUUUCGAUAAGACAGGCGUAUAUAGAUUGGGUAUACGUGUAUUUAGUUAGUUUAAAGGUAGGAACAUAAGUGUUGCUUUAAAACCAUGGAACCUGUGUCAAAGAAAUUAGAAGUUGAGGAUAACUGUUCAGAACCGUUUACACAGAAAGGGUCACAUGAUGACGAAGUUACAUUAGCUUUUGGAAAGAAUAAACUUUAUGUCUCGAGGAAUUUUCUAUGUUUAGCCUCCCCAGUAUUUGAGGCAAUGUUUAGAAAUGAGUGUAGAGAGAAGAAAGAGAAACUCGUGCAGAUGACAGGAACAUAUGAAGACUUCAUUGAAUUCCUGCUGUGUAUUCAUCCAAGAAUUCUGAAAGAAGUAAACGAACUGAAUGUGCUUCGUAUUGUUCCCUUAGCUGAGAAAUACCAAGUGACAUCGAUUAUAACUAAAUGUAAGGCUCUUAUGAAAUGGAUGUUGUCAAAUGCCGAAAAAACAGCAUCAAGUUUAUAUGCCUCCAAGGAUAAGAUCGAUUCACGCCAACUCGAACCAUUGAAAAAUUGUUUAACAGUAUUGACAUCCGCAACUUCUCUAAAUUACACAGACAUAAUAGAUUUAGCUGUCAAAUCUGUUGUCAGGUUUGGAUACUGCCUGUACAACGGAGUGGAUCAUUCUAAAAAAGUAUCCAGUCCUUUUUGUCCAGGGUUAGACAGCAAAAUAGGCCUAAACAACGAGACGACAUUCGUUGAUUUAUAUAGAGAUUGUAAUGUUCUCUUCCAAAGUUUCUCACUUGAACUCCGCAACAAAAUUCUAUCAGAAAGAUUAAUGAGAGUCUAUGACAAAGAUUUUAAGUAAUUUAUAGUGAUCAAACUGCAUAUUACAUGGUCUUAUUAUCUAUCAUCAAAAAGAGUAUAUGAAAAAAGAGUAUCUUUUUUAAAAAAGUAUACAAUAUACUGAGUGCAUGUAUGAUAAAAAAUGUACUAUGCUCAUAAUGAAUGAAUUGAUUGGUAGACUAAAGUGAAUUCGAAUUGAUCACAUUUUCCAUUAAGUAUUAUGGACAUAUGAUAAAUAAUAUUUUGUUUCAGAACACUUUAUUCCUGCCAUCGUAUCAUGUAUCCUACACUUACCAACAACAUCCAGAUAUAAUUAUUCUUUCAUAAAUUGUUUUCAAGUAUGAUACUAAAUACUUUCAACUAUCAACAUAACUUUUUGUGGUUUUGUUACAAAUAUCUGGAAAAAAUUGAUCCCUCGGAAGCAUUAGAACCAUCGAAAAUUACAUAGAAAUUGCAGACUCGUUUUGAUUGAGUCCGUACACUAGAGAUAAUGAAAAAGUGCUACAUCCCUUACGACUCCUAUCACAGGUUUGAGCCUCUCAAUUUUCAACAAAAAAGUGCUGAAAUCCAUGAUACCGACGAACCAGAAACAUAUAACAUCACUAAAGUGAAGUACAGAACAACAUUUUACGGCUGACACACAUCACUCGACACUCGCUGUUGUGAUGUAUGAAUAUUUGGCUGGAAAAAAGUGAUCCCUUUAAAGCAUUAAAACCAGCAGAAUUACAUUCUCCUGCACGCUCCCUGGCAAGACUUUUAUUAUAGACCAAUUCACUUUAAUAAAAGAUUUGCUCGAUUUUAAAACUUUAUUUUUUUUGUAAAUAUUAAUAUUUUGAUGCAUCAACUCUAGAAUGUUUACAAAAUAUUUUAUACCUUCAUCUGAGUAGUGUGCUACUUGUAUGCACUAAUCCUGACAGCUUUAUUUUUUAUUAAUAAAUGACGAAAAGUAAAAAAAUGGAUUUGAUUCAUUUAACAUGUCAUUGAAAAUGAUUAACAUAUUAUGACAGUAUGAUAAUAAUAAUAAUUGUGGGAAUGAUGAUGCUAGAUGGUGGAUAACGACUGAUAUACAAACUGAUGAUUAUGAUACUUGAGAUGAUGAUAAUGAUACUGAUAGUGAUAAUUGAUUGAUUGAUUGAUCGAUUUAUUAAUUGAUUGAUUGAUUGAUUGAUUGAUAAUGAUAUUGGUGGUGGUUGUGACAAUAAUUAUCGUUAAGAUACUGUUUAAAGAUUGCCACUUACAUAAUGAUGGAUAUGAAGUAUGUCUAAACAUAUCUAAAACUAUUAUAACUGUACUAGUAUCUAAAAUAGUGGACCGCUUAGAGAUCAUGUAUAUGGAAAACAGCUAUACAUCGACGAUCAUAAUACCUCAAUGUAUAAAUGUAUAAGUAUUCUUUUUACUCCUAAAUUGUCUUAAUCUUACAUCGCUACAAGUAGGCAUAUCUAGCUGUUUAUGUCAUACAAGCAUAUUAAAGAAACCUUUGAAAGCUUUUAAAAAUUAAUAAUUUAAAUUGUUUUAACUGACUGGUAAGACCCAUACUUAUAUUUUGUACUAAAAUCUAUGCAAGAGAAGGAUCUUAAAUUCUUAAGUGAGCCCAAAAUAUUGUAAAGAUUUAAGCGUAAAUUAUUCUGUCAAAUGAUGAACAUGUAUGAGGAGAAGUGACUGCCCAAGUACAAUAUUGUAAAGAUUUACUAAGUAUAAAUUAUUCUGUAAAAUAAUGAACAUGUUGCACUUAAAUUUACGAAUGUGGAAGGAUGCCAUUUUUUUAUUUAUCAUCAUGUAUAAGUUUGUUUUUAAAAAUAUUGAUAAACACAUCUUUGUACGUCUUGACAUAUAUUACUUAAUUAACUUACAAAGCUGAUUUUAGCAGCAACCUAGGCUUCUUCUGUGAAACAUAACUGUAUUUUUACUAGUUUUGCAUUGUUUAAAAUCGUCUAUUUAUUAAUCAUUUUGUCAUAAAAAAUAAUUGUUUGUACAUUGUGAAAUUUGUUAGAUGGAAUCUAAGGUACGAAAAUAGAAGUCAACAGCAAAUCUAAAAUUAUUAUUGUAUGUUUAUUAUUUUCAAUGAAUGAAGAUUGCACUUUUGAGUAUACAUUUCUUAAUUGUUGUAUAUUUAUUAUUGAAAAAUAAUACUCAGAAUGUUGACAGCAUUAAAAUGUAGCCGUUAAUUCAUGCAAUAAUUACGAGUAUUGGUAUGAUUGAUAUAUACAUAAUAAUAAUAAUGAGUGUUUGGUGCUAUUUCUCUUGUGUUUGUAGACAUGCAUUUCAGACUUACAAAUAAAUAUGUUGAUUUGAACUG